UCUUCUUCUUCGCUGGUCCACUUUGUAUCCGUAGCAACUUACUUCUUACUCUAUCGUCUUCGAAUCUUCUUAUUUUUCUCAACUUACUUCUUCUUCUUCUUCUUCGCUGGUCCACUUUGUAUCCGUAGCCCGACUGCUAAUUCCUUUCUGAAUAUGAUCUCUCUCUCUCUCUCUCUCUCUUCUUGAUAGGUAUCGGAAUUUCAGAUCCUAGUUUUGCAUGGGAUCUGUCUCCAUAUAUUCGUCGGUUCUUCGAGUAUUCGUUACUCUGAAGCCGACUUUGUAGCUGAAGCAACUCUUGGUAACCUUCAGAAGGGAAGUCUAUGUACUGACUACCGAAGUGUUAAUCGUGUCGUACAAUCAUAUGAAGAAAGUGAUGUGAUGGCUGGGCAAUCUAAGCAUCCUUAUCAAUCUGUUUGGAUGGCUCGUUGGUUGCAAACAAGCUAUAAGUCAGUACCACAGGUUCAUAGCCGUUUAUCUCUUCAAUAUGAGAUCAAUGUAGGUGACAAUGAUACUAAGCAGCAUCUUUUACUUGGUGAACUAAAGCGAGCACCUAAUUUUGAAUCUGCCAAAGAAUGUAAACAAGUACCCGUAGGCAGAGCAGUUAAUAUUGUGAACGAGACUCUGAAAACAAGUUCAAAAAGCUUGAGAAAUGAAAGAUCUGAUUAUCAGUCCUUUCCAAUUUUCAAUCUUUCGUGAAAUAGAGAGCACAUUUCUGCUUUAGAUUCAGGGAAUGACCUGGCUGCAACCUCUCGUAGGCAAGUAAGAUCUCAAAUCAAUCUCAACUCUGGAUAUGAUACUGUAGCAUCAGGGGACUGUCUAUUGCAAUCUGGAGGUACCUCUCUGAAUCAUGUGAGAUCUGAAAAGUUUCUUGAAAAAAGCUUUGCUUUCUCAAAAUCUUUUCAGGUUGAUUUCGUGGGAUCGACUUCUAGUAUUCUGCCACACGGAUUCAGCGGUGGAAAAGCUCCAAUAGAAUCACUGGGGGGUAGACAAGAAGAAGUGAGUCAAUCGAGUUCCCUUAUAGCGUCCCGAGGACACUUCAUAAAUGCUAAUCCAGGACAUUUGGAACGUGAGCAUUCUAAUUAUCAUAGCUAUUCUGCAAUUUUGGUUCGUGAAAAGAAAAUAGGUGAUCGCCAAAAUUUGGGAAAGUCUGGGAAGUCAUUAAUAAGGGAGAAUAAUAUUGGUGGUCAAAUAUUUGGCGAGGCAACAGUAUCCCCCAAAUCUGAAGGAAACAAAUUUCGUGAAUUCCUUAGUGUAUCCCCUGAUUUUGGUUUCUGUGGUCAUCAAGGAGUGAAACUUCAACCACUAGGGAGCUCUGCAGAGUGUAGAGGUGCAGACAGUGAGGAAGGAAAUGCUGGAGACACUAAAAAUAUAGAAGUGGCAGUUAACUUAAGGAAUGAAUCGUCAGCUGAAACUGAUACCAUGGACAUGGAUGCUUUUCCGGACAAGAACCAUCUUUCUGGGCUUCAUGGGGAACCAGAAUACAACAUCAUCUCAAGCUACAGUUGAUUCAGCUAGAGAAGAAGUUGGAGAUACAACGCCAAACAAGGAUAUACUUGAUAUAAACCAAGAGGUUCCUGCUGUUCCAGGUGCCACAAGCCCAAUGGAUGAGGGGGAGCCAAGCAUCUCAAGAACCCAGAGCUUGGAUGUGGAACAUCUUAUUUCUCAAACUGAGCAGCAUACAGAUUCAAAGUUGAGUCGUUGUCCAGAUGGUGCUCAAGAACCAGAACUAAGCAGCAUAUGGGUAAAGCGUCUGAAACUGAGUGCAAUUGAUUCUUUUGGUCAUGGUACUAAGAGCUCAAAAAUAGAAGAUAUCUCAUCCCAUGAGAAGGCAAACAAGUUCUUAAACAAAAUCAUGAAAAGAACCAGAACUGACUCAGAACCCAGUAUGGGUAAACGCUGUGGUAAAGAGCCGAUGACACAGGAUCAGACUCCAAUGUUUUCGAGUAAAGAUGAGUCUGCUUCCAUGGUCUUAAUAAAGAAAGAUCGAGAGAUAACCCUUUCACAUUCUUGGAUUCAGCAUUGGUGUCAUAAUCAAUUUGUGAUGCCAAAGAAGAAGCCUCAGGCAAUGGUGAUUUGUGAGCCUCAAAGCUCAAAGGCAGUUUUGAAUGAGUACCAAAUGGAGCAGUAUCCAAGCACUGAAGCUAUGGCACUGAUGGGGAAGGCUAUGAGUGGUUUUUGUCGAUUUGAGUUCAGGAAAAGAGGAUCUUCUGUAGUUUGGAAUACGGAGGGCUUUUGAGAUAAUUUAUAUGAUAUGAUUCAAGCUGGCAACAAGUAGAAAUCAGUGUGCUGGUUUUUGAGGGCUUCAAGAGAAGUAAUGAGGGCAGCGUCUGGAGCUUUGAAAAUGCUCUCCAUUCUUGCUGUCCUUUCCCCAUCCAAUUGGGGAGCAGUGUCUGAGAGUUUGGAAGCCUAAAUGUUCCAGUGGUAUGUAUUUACCUGUAAUCAUAUUGUGAUUUUCCUUUUUUUUUUUUUUUCCAUUUUCUUUUAAAAAAUUCUCUUGAAGAAUACCUGUGUUUUGCUUUAGCCAUUUGAUGGAGAAUAUCCUUACAGGCAUUGUUUGUGAAGGUGGCCACUUUGGUAGCAUCAGGGCCACCUUAACUGCUGCCACUUCAUUUGGCGAGCUUAGAAGCACUCUAUCAUGAUGCA